GGUAUUUACCAGAACCCACCAAAGGAUGUCUGAUAGUCAUCUCACAGGAUGUAACACUCUAUUUUUUUUUCCAUCACGGAUCUCUCUCUCCCCCCUUCUCAUGCAUGUUCAUCUCUCCAUGUUUUCAUGCAUCAUGCAAGACAGUGACGCACGUAUGUUCACGCCGCUGGCUUGUCCUGAUUUAACCGAGUAUUGAGCUUUAAAGAAAACACACACACACACAAACACACACAUUGUGUGGUUCUCAGCGGUCGUCUUUCCUAUUGCCAAUUGACCCUGAUGACUACAAGCCAGAGGUCUCAGGGGCUAAAACAAUUCAGACACGCACAUGGUUUCCUGUGAUAGAUCCAGUAUUAACAGCUGACACCUCGAAAACAUGGGGAGGAGGAGGGGGGGCUACGUUUGGGCCAGCAGACAGAAGCAUUGGAGUGUUUGGAGGAGGAGCAUAGACAGCUAUAAAAGCCCUCAGCAUGAAGCCGUGGCUUCACUCUGCUGAGAAGGUCUCCAUCAUGUCGUACUACGAGCAUAUCGUCUUUGACUACGACGUCAACGACACCAGCUCUGGCUCUGGCUCCGGGGAGGAUCCGGCGGACCUGGAGGAGCCGUGUAACACCGAGCACGUGAAGACCGCUGAGCUCCACCGCGUCUUCUUGCCUGUGGUCUACGCCCUCAUCUUCCUCCUGGGCAUCACCGGAAACGGCCUGGUCGUGGUGGUGUUGGGCUGUCAGCGCAGGUCAAAGUGCAGCCUGACCGACUGGUAUCGCCUCCAUCUCUCUGCCGCCGACCUCCUCUUCGUCUUGGCGCUCCCCUUCUGGGCCGUGGACGCGGCCUUGGAGGACUGGCGCUUCGGAGCGGCCACAUGCAUCGGCGUGCACGUCAUCUACACCGUCAACCUGUACGGCAGCGUGCUCAUCCUGGCCUUCAUCAGUCUGGACCGCUACCUGGCCGUGGUGCGGGCCACAGACACCAACACCGGGGGGCUGAGGCAGCUGCUGGCACACAGGGCCGUGUAUGUAGGCGCAUGGUUGCCUGCCACCCUGCUGGCCGUCCCAGACAUGAUAUUUGCCCGGACCCAGGAAGGUGGAGAGGGAGCCACGGUGUGCCAGCGUUUCUACCCUGAGGAAAACGCUCCUGUCUGGGUGGCCGUCUUUCACCUCCAGCUGGUCCUGGUGGGCCUGGUGAUUCCCGGCCUGGUCCUUCUGGUUUGCUACUGCGUCAUCGUCUCGAGGCUGACCCGGGGCCCGUUGGGGGGCCAGAGGCAGAAGCGGCGGGCGGUCCGGACCACCAUCGCCUUGGUCGUCUGCUUCUUUGUGUGCUGGUUCCCUUAUGGAGCGUGCCUCUCUGUGGACGCGCUGCUGCGUCUGGAGGUCCUGCCCUCGAGCUGCAGGCUGGAGGCGGCUUUAGGCGUGUGGAUCUCGGUGGCGGAGCCCAUGGCGUUCGCCCACUGCUGCCUGAACCCGCUGCUUUACGCGUUCCUGGGGGCCAGGUUCAAGAGCUCAGCCCGCAGGGCCCUAACUCUGACCCGGGCGUCCAGUUUGAAGAUUUUACCCCGGAGACGCCCUGGGACUUCAACGACCACCGAGUCCGAAUCCUCCAGCCUACAUUCCAGCUAGGCUGUCUGAGCGGCGCUGUGCGUCUUCUGUACAUACCCUGUGACAUAUGUGAGAAAGCUUAUAUGUACAAAACAUGAUGAGGAAAUAAGGUGCAGUCUGCUGGUCCAUGACUUCUCCUCCUCUGUAGAGUUUCCCUUGUAAAUAUUGUUGAUACGGCUGCGUUCAUAUACCGCUUUACAUGUUUCUAAUAAAAUGCACUAAAUCAA